ACGUAAGCACGUUACUGUUGUUGUUCUGGUGACGCUCCAUGUAGAUCAGUGGUACCGGGGUUUGUGCUGCUGUUCACGUUAUACGUAUAUUUAUAUACAUACAUAUAUUUAGUUUAAACAGCUUCAAGUAUGGCCUUUCCUGCAUCGGGCAGAAUAUCGAUAAAGGAUCAAAUCGAUCCCGCCGUUGUGAGUGACAGUGAAAACAGCAUUGACAUAGACGAGAGAGAAUUAGAGCACAUUACGAGUCGUGACGAGGCAGGUACGGCCAUUCCACUUCAUUCACCGUGGACUUUUUGGCUUGAUAGAUCUUUACCUGGGACAACAGCAGCCGAGUGUGAAUCAAAUCUCAAAAAGAUCUACACAGUCCACACAGUACAGAGCUUUUGGAGUGUAUAUAAUAAUAUCCUCCAGUGACUACUUUGCCUUUGAGGUGUAGUUACCACUUAAUGCGUG